AGCCGUUGUAUCAGUUCAAAAUUUGAAUUAUCUGUCUCCUCCUUUCUGGCUCUUUCCCUUUUCUCUAAACCCACCAAGAAGAAACAGAACAGUAGCAGCCAAGCCAUGGAUCCAGAGACAGAGUUCCUUACAUCGAAGCGAGAAACCAGCAACGAAUGGGAACUCUUUAAAGAAAACGUAAGACCCUUGAAGAGAGGCCGCAAUGUUGACCUCUUAAACCAUGCUCUCAAAGCUCACACCAACGAUCAAGUCAGGAAAUCUCUCCUCGAAAACCGAAGGAGAUUGAUUGAGGCAAUUGAUGAAUAUAAAGGAGAAGAUCCUCUCCAGCCUUGGCUUGAUUGUAUCAAGUGGGUACAAGAGGCAUUCCCACCUGGUGGAGACUUCUCAGGACUGGUAUUGAUAUAUGAGCAAUGCGUCCGUGCGUUCUGGCAUUCAGAUCGUUACAAGGAUGAUCUCCGCUACGUCAAAGUUUGGUUGGAAUAUGCUGAGCAUUGUAGUGAUGCUGAGGUCAUUUACAAUUUUCUUGAUGCAAAUGAUAUUGGGAAGACACAUUCAGCAUACUAUAUGGCAUAUGCUUUGCAUAUGGAAUCCAAGUCUAAAAUGAAAGCAGCAAAUGAUAUAUUCAAUCUUGGGAUAGCCAGUAAUGCUCAACCAAUACAGAAGUUGAGGGAUGCGUACAAGAAAUUUCUUGCACGCUUAAUGAGGAGGCCUAAAGCUAAUGAGGAGGCAUUAAAGGAAGAUGACUUACCAGUCCGAAGUUUUGGAACUGUCCUGACCAGGGGUGAAAAUCAAAGGCAGACCAGCAAGAGUUUUGACCAUGGCAGUAAUAAGUUGAAGCCAGAUCAGGUGCAUCGGACUCCAUUUUCUAUUUACAAUGACACAAACUUGGAUGUCAUGACGGGUCAUCACUCUAAGCCAAAGACUGAUUCAACCUCUUGGCACACUCUUGGAGCUAGAGCUCAGAGAAACAAAGAAAAUAAUGCAAUGCCUGCCAAGUGGACAUCAUACAAGAUUCCACAGAGACCUCUGCCAAGAACUAUGGGGUCUGCUGCAAGUGCUCAUAUUGAAGUGUUUGUUGACGAGGAAUGUGCAGAAAAGCCAGAAGUGCAUGACAAGAAGGAAAGAGCUUCAAGUCUGCAGCUGAGAGAGUUGGAUGGCCGAAACAUAAAGAAGGAAACCGAGUUGCUUAGGGAGAAUCCAUUGCGCAAUUUCCCUUCAAACAGCCUACCUAGAUGAUUUUACAGCACUAAUCGUGCUUCUUGAGGUGUUGUAUCAUUUCAUGUUAGGAUCAGCUUUUAUCUCCAAAGCCUGAUCCAUGAUGUCAAUGUUGUACUAUGUUUUCCAAUUGUUGUUGGCUCUUUUAUUUCAUUUUAUUUUUCUCACGAUUUGAUAAAUUGUUAGAGGCUAUGCUUGUAUUUGCUAGUGAAAUCCUCUUGUGGACAUGGUGGCUGAAUGAUUAAUCUUGUGAGUUAUUGAAGAUCCAUAUCCUUUUCCCCAGUUAA